ACACACACAUAGAUAUCGGCCAUCCCCACCGAGGAAGGGAUGUGUGUGUGGUCGCGAAUGGCCGAUUUUAUCGUGGUUCUGUUGGUUUUCGUCAAUGAGCCCACCGAUAGCCGUCGAUACUGGAAAACCAUGUAAAUGCAGACGUCGACCUUCAAGCGGAGCGUGCUCGAAAUUUCGGGGUGACCAAGACGCGUGAGAAGAAAGAGGGGAGGCAGUUCGCAGAAGAUUUAGGUAUGGAGGAUAGCAUGAGUGUAAAGUCUAUGGAAUCAGUGGCGACAAGUGACGAAUAUGAAUUUGUGAACGAAAAAGGUAACAGCAAACAGCAACAAGCUCUCUUAGAACCACCCAUGUUAAAAAUUGCUAACAACGGCAAUCUGGAGGAUCUGCAAAAUAAUCUUCGUGAGAUUUUGACAGAGGAUUCAAAAAUAGAAGGUGGCGAAUUCAAAAUGACUACGAUAAGUCAACAUAAUCGAGAAAAAACAAAAAAAGUAGGUCACAGUAAAUUUUAUGAUGUCAGUCCUUGCGGUGGUUCAUCAGAAAAACAAGAUAUCAUGAAGCCUGAAGAUUAUCUCGAAGAAGAAAUACAAGUGGAAUUAAAUACGUUAUCACAUGUUCAACAAGAAUGCACUAUUUUCAAUGGUGUUACUUAUCUGGGAGCAGCCGCAAUAAAUGCACCAAAAUCAGAAUGUGAAAUACAACGUAACAUGAACAUAUUAAAUGCAGAACAGUCUUUGAACUUAGGAAUAAAAGUUUCAGUCUCGGUGCCGAGUAGUUCACAAGGUUCAGUUAUUUUAUAUGAUGCUGGGACACAACAAGCUAUUGCGCGUUACGAGGUGCAACGCAUUUUAUUUUACGCACGCGGUGAAAGUAGCGGUCCGUGCGCAGCGUGUUUCGCGUUCACGUGGUCACACGGUGACACUUUAGAAUCUGCCAUUUAUCAGUGUCAUGUUUUUCGUUGUGACAUACCAGAAGCAGUUGGACAGGUCUCAGCCUGCUUUUCGAAGGCUUUUCACAGAAUACCACGUUCAAUGACAAGUUCAUUAACAGGUAGUGAUUUUAACGGUUUCAAUGCUGGAAGUGAAAAAGUGAAUACCAGAGUGUUUAUUUUCGAAGUCACAAUGGAAAUAAAAGAAGAAGACGGAAAAGGUGGAUUUGGUACAGUCCCUAAAGAUAGAAACUGUUUCAAAUUGCGAAGUAACGUAGCAAAACAAGUUUGUUUGAGCAUCCAACAAGUGUCGAGUAAAGAGGGUGGUAUUACGCUUGAAGUCGAGCGGUGCUUCGGAGUUCUUGUUAGUCCUGGCCGAAAUGUAAAACACAGCGAUAUGCGACUAUUAGAGAUGGUAAAAAGAGAUUCACAGCAGCAAGUUAAUUUUAUGUCUAUAAUCAGCUCAGACGUUCGCAAUAUUACAACAAUUUUACAGCAAGUUAAUACCGGACCAAUAAUACAAGACAAACAGUGCUAUAAUAUCUGCGGACGUUGGGAUCCCGCGGAUCCCGCUUUGGAAACUCUUAAUAUAGAGACACCACGAGAGGGUAAAAUUUUCAUGACUGUUGCUGUUGAUCUUGUUAUCAGAGAUAUUCGAGAACCCGUAAGAUUUGUCAUAGAAACAUCAGUCAAGGUCUAUCCACAAAAUGAGAGAUUUUGGUAUUUUAACAAAAAAAAUCUCGUGCAACAGUUUUAUCUCAACUCCAAAGAGGUAAUUUCUGGAGAUGGUACAGAAAUACAUUACGAAGUACAGAGUAUAGAAACAUCUGGUGAAUUAGAUAGAAAUAGAUUAAAUUUGGCCCUGAAUCUAGCCUCUUUAAUUAGAACGCCCUCUUUAACGAGUAUUGACACACUUACACCUAAAGAAGAAAUAGAUUCAGAUGGAGAUGAACCGAUGUUGAGUGGCACAGGUGAAGUCUCAAAGGACUGCUCGCAGGAUGAAUUAAAUAGCUGGGCUGAAGUUUUAGACAGCUGGCAAGUUAACGAACAACGUCCGAAGCUUCUGAUAAAACUCACAAAACAAGGAAUUCCCGAAGCUUUGCGCGGCGAAGUUUGGCAACGUUUGAGCAAUUGUGACAAUUCACAAGAAAUGAUGGACAAAUACAGAAUGUUGAUUACAAAAGAAAGCAGUUGCGAGAGUGUGAUUUUAAGAGACAUUAAUAGAACAUUUCCAGCCCAUGAUUUUUUUAAAGAAACAGGCGGCUUAGGACAAGACUCUUUGUACAGAAUAAGCAAAGCAUACGCUGUUCAUGACGAAGAAGUUGGAUAUUGCCAAGGCCUUAGUUUCUUAGUUGCUAGUCUGCUAUUGCACAUGCCUGAAGAACAAGCAUUCUGUGUUCUGGUUAAAUUAAUGUACGAUUACGGUCUUCGAGAUUUAUACAAGGAUAGAUUUGACAACCUUUACAUGCGAUUUUAUCAAUUAAAUCGUUUGAUAGAGGAUCAAUUACCGGAACUUUAUAAGCACUUCUGUGAUCGCGGCGUAGAAACGCACAUGUUCGCCGCACAAUGGUUUUUAACUCUAUUUACCGCUAGAUUUCCAUUAUAUCUUGUCUUUCAUAUCUUGGACGUAUUUCUUUUACAAGGACUCGACACGUUAUUCCAAGUCGCUCUCGCUUUAUUAAUGUUUUGUAAGAAGGAGUUAUUGCAAUUAGAUUUCGAAAGCAUAUUGAAAUAUUUCCGGGUGCAUUUACCGAAACGUUGCCGAAACGAAGAAGUCGCACGUUACGUUAUGAAGUUAGCUUGUUCGGUGACAUUAAAGAAGUUGAAGAAAUACGAAGCAGAAUUUAUGACAUUGAAAGAGGCACAAGAAAAUGCUGACGAAUACAGUAAUGAAGUGGAACAACUACGUGGCACAGUGGCCAGAAAUGAGGAAGAGAAACAGAGAUUGGAAGCAGAGUUGUUGCAAAUUAAAGAAAUGUUGCAACGCGAAGUAACUCGAGCAGAUGCUGAAAGCCGUAGAAGUAACGUCAUUAUUGCCGAAUACAAACAGAUCUGUCAGCGAUUGGAAGACGAUUACAAUGCUGUAAAAAAAACAUUGUGUGAAUUACGAGCGAAGGUCUCGAAAUGUGAGAAAUGUAGAACGUGUAUAAUAGAUUCAACGAAUAUAUUAGCGGACAUUUCGCAUCCUUUGGAAAAUCGAAUAGAUCCUGUGCUCCAUAGAGUUCAGGAGAGAGUACGCGAACUGGAGUUGGAACUAGCACAGACGAAAUUGGCACACGUUGAGGCUGAGUGCAGAAAUCAAGAUCUGACGCAUCAGUUACACGCUACCGCCUCGGAGCUGCAAGCCGCGCGAAAUAGUUGGCCGUGGCUCAGCAAGACCUUGUCGAGUAUAAAAGAGGCAGCGAAUAAGAGGGAAGUUAUGACUCCGGCUGCGUUAAGAGAUUUGCGACGUGACAGCGCACCCGGAGCCGAUUUACAUCAUCUGAUACAUUCUCGAAGUCGCGAGACACGGGACAAUCUUAAAGAAAUUGUGUGAUGGUGAGUAUUUUCUCCGAACACACAGAAAAAACCUUAUCGCGACAAAACAAAAACCCCAACAAAACCAUGAUGAUACAUAAUAAAAAUCAUUAGUGGCAUUACGUAGAUGUAUAGACAAGAAAUGUUUAGUUGUUUUUUCUCACUCGGAAAAUUUGUUUCCCACAGACAAAUUUCCCAAGAGUUACAUUUAACUCUUUCUUCCCCACUUCUGCGAAAAUGAUCAUAUUGAAAUUCAAUACUCUCUAUCCACGUUUUUAUUCAUGCUUUUGCAAUGCAGACAAAAUGUCAAUAGCGGAGGAGGAAUACGUACAUCUCGGAGACGAGUCAUAUGCCAGCAACAAAUAUAUAUAUGGACAUGACGUAUGUUCGUAGCUAUAUGUAAUGCAAAGCGACUUUGUCUGUUGAACUAAACUCAUAGGAUACCAUCACGCUCUCCACACGUAUCGGCACACAUCGAGUGCUUUCAGCGUCUCUCAUUUUACACAUUGCUACAUCGUCGUGUUAGUUCCGUUGUAUAAUUUUAUACGUCAUGUCUUAAAAGUAGUUUUUUUUGUUUUUAAUCUCUGUGAUGUUUUUUUUUUCAACUAUUGCGAGAGUGUACGUUAGCGCUUAUGUCAAUAUCACUUCUUUCGUUUCUUCUUCCUUUCAUUCAUCUCACACGUGAGGUGGUACGAAAAGCUUUUACUACCCGAUACUCAUGCUGAAAAUGACGCGGAUUACUAUCAGCAACCUACUGUAACAGAAUUACUCUUUGCGUAACUCGCGAGCGCGAUGAACUGUUUACAAUAAAAAAAAAUCAAGUAGGAAAUAAACUCAAGUUUAAAAAUACGCCGCGUUUUAUAUCAAACUAGUCUAAAUUUGAAAGGGAGAAAAUGCCGUACAAACUUCGACUGUGUACAUAAAGCAUUUUUCGAAAAAACAAAAAAAAAGAAAAACCCGAUAAAUGCGCAACUGCGAAAAGAUUUUGAAUAUGUACACGUAUGUAACAAUUGACAAGCGGAGAAUUGUUUCGUUUUUUGUUUUCUUUUUUUAAGUAACUUUUUAUCUCGACUUAAAAACAAAAACGACGUAACAUUCCAAAGUAAUGUAAGAGUACGUUUUCUUCCAUGUAACUUAUAAAUACAUACAUACAUACAUACAUACAUAUAUAUAUAUAUAUAUAUAUAUAUUAUCGUAUGUUAAGUUAAAUCUGCUAUUCCGCAAAACAUGAAUUUCAUUUAACAUAUCCGACGAAAACGUAUAUCCAAUUGUUCCGUAAAAUUAGAUAUUAGGUUUGAUAUAUUAAUCGCUUUCUCUGCGUUUUAAUUUUAUACUUUUGUCACCGCACCAAGUAAACGUAUUUAUAUAAAAAUGUUAUCUCUUGUUUUUAUAGAACACGAUAAUUUUAAACAUGUAACAAAAUAGAUGUACACGUGUAAAUUACAUUAUUGUGUGGAAGAGAUUUAUACUCAGAAUUUUGUUUGGUUUAGUAAUUUUCGCACACUUUGUUUUUUGACAAGGUUUGCGUGUAGCAAGACUAAAUAAAAAAAAAACAAAAACAAACAGAGCCAUAGAUUACGGUAUUAAGGCACUACUUAAAACUGCAAUUCUAGUAACGUGUAAUUUUUGUCUAGUAUUGUAAGUAUUUAACAAUAAAUUUGCUAUAUAUAUAUA